UAGCGGCCCCUGUAGACGCGAACGUCCCUUGUCGCGGCACCGUGUGAAUUUUGCGGCGAUUUAUCGUGAGUUUUUUUGCACUUUUACCCUGAGAAGAAAAUCCGUGGAUGAGCGCCCAACACCUGAAAGUUAGGAAUGAGAAAAAACAAUUAUCUUCGGGACACAGAAAAAAAAGAGUGCGAGAUAACGCGAGAGGGAUCAAACUGGGCCUAGUCUGAGACUUGACCAGCUCCAGAAUUUAGCGGCCAACGGCUGGAGACUUGUAACUUUUGAUGACACGGUUUUCGGUGACCAAACUGAGCUGUGAUGUUACACACGUAGGAUCCGCGGUGUUUGGGCUCCACCCAGUGGACAAACCGAAAACCACAACAACACGGGAGAAAGCCGUCAUGGCGGCGGCCGUCACGAGCACAAGGCUUGCGUCAAGGUUGACGCUGGUCACUGGGGGAGGCAGCGGGAUCGGACGGGCGGUGUGCCGGCGCUUGGCCUCUGAGGGCGCGUCCGUGGUGGUCGCUGACAUCAGUGAGGAGUCGGCCAACGAGACGCUGGAGAGCCUGCGGAGCGACCUCAGAGGGCAGGGUCACACGGCGGCCGUGGUGGACGUGUCGUCGAGGGAGAGUGUAACGAGGCUGAUCACAAGUAUCCAGGUCCAUUACUUCCAGCCUCCCUCGGUGUGCGUGAACGCGGCGGGCAUCACCCAGGACGGCCUCCUGCUCAACAUGACGGAGGAACAGUUUGACAGGGUCAUCCAGGUCAACCUGAAGGGUUCGUUCUUGGUCACGCAGGCUGUCGCCCAGGCUCUGGUGGCCUGUGGAGCACGCAAAGGAUCCAUUGUUACCGUGGGCAGCAUCGUGGGAAAGGUGGGAAACAUGGGACAGGCAAACUACACCUCCUCUAAAGCCGGAGUGGAGGGUUUAACCAGAACCGCUGCCAAGGAGCUCAGCAGGUUCGGGAUUCGGUGUAACUGUGUGCUGCCAGGAUUCAUAUCGACUCCGAUGACGGAUGAGGUACCAGAGAAGAUUAUUGCCAAGAUGAAGUCCUUGGUGCCCAUGGGAAGGCUGGGCGAGCCCGCCGAGGUCGCCGACGUCUGUGCCUUCCUAGCUUCAGAUGACUCUCGGUACAUCACGGGAGCCAGCGUCGAGGUGACAGGUGGACUUUUCAUGGGCUAAAUUGAAGUGUCCGUCAAGCUGACGAAGACCAAUGGGAGGCCAGUUCGUUCACAAUUAAUUUAAUUGUGGAAGGGAUUCUUCUUUUUGGGUUUUUAUAAAUCUGGCUGUGAACAGCUACUAUGCAGUGUAAAGACCCGAUUUGUGCCAAUAAAUACCUCUGUACAGGAA